AUGGCGAACAUACGCGGCGGCGUUGGUGGGUUUCUUCUUCGCCGCGCAGCCGUAAAGAGCGUUCGGCAAAAGUACCAGACGGGCCCACAGUUCAAUAAGCGCAAAUUCUUCCAGUUCCCAAAGGGCUACCACCGUCUCCACCUUCGUAUUGGUGGCGUUCAGUUGGGCUCACCGACGCAACAGCGGGAACACACGCGCUUCUCGCAUCUUCCAGGUGACACUCGAACGCGGCCGCAGUACGACUUCACGUUUGGUGAGAGACGAGCAGAUGGCGCCCUGUACGCCUGGCGGAAGCGCGGUAGCCUGCAACUAUACCAAAUGGGCGGAAAGCCUGAAACAUUUGUCUGUUACCGUUGUGGCUACCCGGUGCGCAGCCAACUCGUGGCGAUAAAAGGGGACAACUGGGAUUACCGAAUGUGCUACAAGUGUUACACGACAACUGUACACCACGGGAUGGAGAACGACACAUGA